AACGCAGCAGAAGUGGAUGUACUGCGCAAGCGCAUUGCAUCCCUUACGAUGCGAGGGAUGCUUGGCCACCGCCUUCCAUCCAGCCGCGCUGCAACCGCUUCGCUUUCCUCCCAGUCCUCCCACCCCUCAGCAUCCCGACCGCGUUACCCACCCCACAGUCUCCGAUGCUGCAUGAAGGAUUUCCCCCUCUCCCCGCGGGACACGCGACGAUAUUCAACACGCAUCGCGCUUACAAAAAUGGACUGCGACGCUCGUUGUAAAUUAAAGCGCUGAUAACAUUUUAUUCAGUCUUCAAAUAUGAAUCAUGCGUCUGAUAUUCCAUCUGUGUCUGCUUGCUAGCAUAUUUAUUUCCUUGCUGUCUUCUGUUGCCUCAACGGUUUCCGGCUCCUUGCAGUAUGGAGAACUCAGGGAUCGGCCCGUGCCUGCCACACCGCGAGCCACAGCAGCGGCGCCGCCGGGCAACACCACGAGAGGAAAAACGCGAGCGCGCGACAUUACCAUCACUUAUCCCUCGCGGCUCAUAUAUUACCUGAAUGAAGACUCGGAGAGCGCGUAUCAUGACCUGGACACUCGCGCGCGGAAUCAGGCCGGUGAUGGACAGGAUGUCCACCUGGCCCAAGCAAGUUUCCAGCUGGAAGCCUUUGGCUCCACAUUUACACUGGACCUUACUCUGAACAAUGAUCUGUUAUCUUCGGACUAUAUGGAGAUCCACUAUGAGAAAGAUAAGCCAGUUCUCUCCAGGGGCGGUGAACACUGCUAUUACCACGGCCAGGUGAGAGGACAACAGGACUCCCGCGUGGCUCUGUCCACCUGCAACGGGCUGCACGGGAUGUUUGAUGAUGGUAAAUUCGUCUAUCUCAUCGAGCCUUUGAAAGCGAUUCACACCGUGGAAACUGAAGCACGACCCCACACAUUGCGACAAACAUCAUCGCUGCGUAUGACCUCUGCCCCUGCUAGUUGGGAUGAGGAAAAAGAAGAGAAACAGAUUUUCGCCAGCAUGCCUUGGUUGAAAAGGAGGAGGAAAAGAGCUGUGCCACGGAACAUUUUUGAAGAAAUGAAAUACCUGGAAGUAAUGAUUGUCGCUGACCACAACACGUUUAAAAGGCAUAAGAAUAAGAAGCAUACCCGCAACUCGGCCAAAUCGGUCGUCAACCUGGUAGACGCUAUUUUUAAAGAACAGCUGAAUACACGUGUGGUAUUGGUUGCCGUGGAGAUUUGGACAGACAGGGACCGGAUUCCACUGAGCGUGAAGCCAUUGGAAAUGUUACGGGAUUUUUCAAAAUAUCGUCAGCAAAACAUCAACAUCAAGGCUGAUGCUGUGCACCUGUUUACGAAUGUGACAUUUCAUUACGGUCGGAGCAGCGUUGCAUACAUCGGCGGCGUGUGUUCCAAAGGAAGAGGAGUUGGGGUCAAUGAGUUUGGCAGCACAUGGACGAUGGCUGCCUCACUCUCUCAAAGCUUAGCACAGAAUCUAGGUAUCCAAUGGGAUCCUGUGAUCAGGAAGAAGGAAUGCGGCUGCAUGGAUUCAUGGGUGGGAUGUAUAAUGGAAGACACUGGAGUGCAACACCCACGCAGGUUUUCCAAAUGCAGCAUCACUGACUACAGGAACUUCCUUCUAAGAGGCGGUGCAUCGUGUCUGUUUAACAAACCCAACAAGCUCUUCGAGGCUACAGAAUGUGGAAAUGGUUAUGUGGAGGUGGGAGAGGAGUGUGACUGUGGGGCUCGAAUGGAUUGCUAUAAAGACUGCUGUAAAAAGUGUUCUUUGUCUAAUGGUGCUCACUGCAGUGAUGGCCCCUGCUGCAACGCCACCUGCCUGUUUGUCCCUCGGGGAUACAGCUGUCGAGAUGCAGUGAAUGAUUGUGACAUAUCAGAGACCUGUUCAGGAGACUCAGGACAGUGCCCCCCUAAUCUUCAUAAACAAGAUGGCUACUCAUGUCAACUCAAUCAGGGUCGCUGUUACAGUGGUGAAUGUAAGACCCGGGACGGUCAGUGCAAAUACGUCUGGGGUUCAAAGGCUGAAGGCUCAGAGAAGCACUGCUAUGAAAAGUUAAACACUGAGGGGAACGAAAAAGGGAAUUGUGGGAAAGAUGGAGACAAAUGGGUCCCAUGCAGCAAGCACGAUGUGUUUUGUGGGUACCUACUGUGUGCCAAUAUUGGGAGAAGCCCAAGGAUUGGAACCCUGAAAGGUGACAUCACUCCAACCACCUUUAACCAUCAGGGAAGACUAGUGGACUGCAGUGGAGGACAUGUGCUGUUAGAUGAUGAUACUGAUUUAGGGUUUGUGGAAGACGGGACUCCAUGUGGCCCCUCUAUGAUGUGCCUUGAGCGGAAAUGUCUACCUAUCUCCUCCCUGAACCUCACAGCUUGCCCGUCUGGCCCGGGCGGCCAAGUCUGCUCCUCUCACGGCGUGUGCAAUAAUGAAGCAACCUGCACCUGCGAUGCUACCUGGGCGGGAACCGACUGCAGCAUGCACGACCCCCCAAAAUUGCCACCUGUCAUCGAGGACCCGGGCCCCAAGGUGAGCGUGGCCACAAACAGGCUGAUAGGGGCAGUGGCAGGGACCAUUCUGGCCCUAGGGGUGAUUUUUGGAGGCACAGGGUGGGGAAUAGAAAAUGUCAAGAAGAGACGAUAUGACCCUAACGCCAGUGCCAUCUAAAGACUUUGAGAACUGCAUCCUUGCCUUGUGUGCCCCUCGGUUCCGUCAGAACCUGCUGGACCGUACCUUCUCCUGCCGCUAACUCCGCUGCCGACGGAGUUGGCGUUACACGAAUAAAAUAAAGAAAGCAAGGGAAGACGAACGAUCGGACACUUUUAGCCAAACCUAGAACUGCUUCUCCGGAACUGACCUUCUUCCUUUGUCCUUGAGCAUCCACGCUGAGCCAUUUGCAACCCAGAUGAAUGACUGAGCCAAUGGUGACAGCGAAGACGAGGCACGACUUCCUGUUUACACUUCACGGACUCCGGUUCCGAUCUCGGCAUGAGCAGCUUAGCUGUGGACCUCGCAUGGGACACCAAUGCAAGAAUAUUGUUAAAUAAUAAUGGAGGAAAGAAGAACGAUUUAUAAACGGUCGCUUAGGUCACAGUUCCAGUAAGUGGGUGAGCACAUUCUUGUGUUUUCAGAGGGGCUGAAUGGGCUUGAUCAUAUCCAAUGAGAGGGACCCAUAUCUUCUUCAGACAAACACUUCAAAGCAUAAAUAAAAAUUUUGUUUGUUCAUUUUA